CAUACGAGACUGUAUCCAUUGCUUGCGUGCGACGGCUCAAAGCCUACGACUACAGUCGCCGGUCUCAAACUAGACCAUAAUGCCAGUCCGCUGCUAGCAAUGCAUUUGUAACAAUUAUAUCACUAAUGCCGAACCCAUGGACAUGUUGCUGAGGUGGUCCUGGCCGGGCUGUGGCUGCGUCUGCCCCCGAACUGAGUUGCAGGGCUCACAUUUGGCGUGCCCUUGCCGGCAACAAUUUGUAAGCUGCUUAUCAGUCUGACAGCCUCGAAGCCGGCUCGGUCAGCGUGAGGACGGAAGAGUUAGCGGGCUGCUGCAGCCGAGCGAUGGCGGAGGCUAGCGACCCGGCGCUCGCCUCAGCUUUCGCCCUGGCGACGGUACAGGGACGAAUUUUGAACGCUGAAGGCAUUGCGGCAGAGUCAGCAGACGGGGGAGUGGCUACAACGUCGUCCCCGGGCACUCUCGCAGCAGCGUUCAACAGCUUUCUCAAUAACCCGGACCAGUUCGAUUCAAGCAACCUACCUCAGUCAAUGAUAUCAAAUAUGCAGUUGGCAGGACUGCUCGGGUUACUGCCACAGCAGGGAGCGGCUCCCGCAGCUCCCUCGGGCCAGGCGCCGGAAACAAUCAAGGCGGAGCCUGCCGAUGGAGGCGACGCGGCCACGACGUCCGCAGUUGCCAGCGUUGACUCGACCUACCAGCAACUGCCGCCCAUGCCGGAGCUCUUUCAGCGGCCCGGCGUAUCGCAGCACCAGCCGCGCCCUGCAGGCGCGGCCCCAGACACCUGGCCGCAGUCCGCCGUGCCCGCUCCGGCACCCACGCAGUGGGACUACGGAAUGGUGCCGCAACCGGCGCCGUUGCAGCAGCAGCCUGACCCCCAGCAGCAGUCGCAGCAGCCGGGCGGUGCCGCGCCCGCCUCCUCGUCCAUGCCGGGACAGGCCUCGCUGGGCUCGCAGGGCAUCCCACCCUCCGGAGGCAGCGCCGACCUCAGCUCGGGUGCUGGUGCAGCCGUGGCGGCGGUUGGCGGCGGCUCUGCGGCGCAGGGCUCGACUGUCUCGCAGUCCUCCCAGCCGCCCACGCUGCAGCCGCAGACCUCAGGUGGCCCCAUGCCGGUGCCGCACGCCGGCCACAUGCGCUACCCGCCCUACGGUGCCUACCCCUACCCGCACCCUGGCAUGCCGGGCGCGCCCUGCCCGCCCGGGCACGGUCACAUGAUGCCGCCGCCGCCGCCCUACGGCCACCACCCUGGCUACCCGCCGCCACCUCACAUGCGCGGCGGGUACUAUCCCCAAGAUGCUCGCUACCCGGCAAUGGGCCCGCCGCCGCCCAUGGGCCACCCGCACUACGCCUACGGAUACCGCCCGCACCCCGGCAUGCCGCCGCACCCGGCCUACCACUACAUGCCGCCGCCCUACGGCCACCCGCACCAUGCCAUACACCCCGGCAUGUACCCGGGCAUGCAGCCGCCGCACCCGGCAGCUGUGGCACCGGGCGCGCCGCAGCCGCCCGCUGCUGCUGCUCCUUCCGUUGAGGGAGGCGCGCCGUCCGAUGCGUCCGAGGACGCGGCAGCCAUGCACAAUGGCGCCUCCGACGGCGGCACCGACCCAGCGUCGGCUGCAUCGCAGCCUUCGCAGGCGUUGAUGGCUGUGCCCGCGUCCGCGGCGGGUGCGGACGGCUCUGCGCCGGCUCUGGCUGGCGGCAAACUCGUGGGCAAGGGCAGCACCGGUGGCGAGAGCGAAGGAGACGUUGGGCUGGAGGCUGUCAUCAGGUUGCGGUCGGGCGUGUGUGACGACCCCGCCCAGGAACAGCAACAGCAGCAGCAGCAGCAUGCUGGCGGGCAACAGCAGACCGAGGAGUUGGAGGGCAGGCCGGAGGCUGCUGCGCCGUCAAGUGACGACGUCAUGGCGCCGGGCCCGGCUCCCUCCGCGGCGCCCGCCGGCGAAGCCGACGGCGGCGCACCCAAGGCGCCGCCGCAGCAGGCUGGCGCGAUGAUGCCGCCGCCGCAGUGGCCGCCCGUGGCGGCACCGCCGCCGCCCCACAUGAUGGGAGGGCCCCAUGGGUACGAGUGGCCGGUGCCGCCACCGCACCACCCGCACAUGCACCCACACCACCCCGGCAUGAUGCCGCCGCCCGGCUACGGGCCGCCCGGCGUGCCGCCGCCGCCGCACGCCAUGCACCCGCCGCCGCCGCACGGCCUGCACCCUAGCAACAGCUGGGGCUACCCCUACGACCCCUACGCCGCCGCCGCCAUGCACCACCAGCAAAUGAUGAUGGGCGGCGACCUUGGAGAGGACGCCAAUGCUGCCGCCGCCGCCGGAGCCGACUACGCGGCGCAGCAGCACGCCGCCGCCGCAGCCAACGCCGCACAGCUCGCCGCCCGCCGGCGGCCCUCGCAAAACGGCCUGCCGCCGCCCGGCCCCAGCGCCACGCCCGUCCCUACCGGCCCGCAGCAGCGGCGCUCCAGCUCCACCUUCCCUGGCAAGGGCUACCCGGGCACCAGCAUGGGCAGCGGCAGCGCGGCCAUGGCCAUGGGGCUCGGCAUGGACUCGGUGCUCAAGGCGGCGGCGGGCGAGCAGCAGCGGCCCGGCUCGGCGGAACUGCCAGGCCUGGGCUCCACGCCGUCGCUGCAGAUGACGCGCAGCGGCUCCUUCAGCCAGCUCAACCAGUGGUUCGGCCUGGGCGACGCGCAGUGCAACGUGUCCAGGCGGACACAGCGGCUGAAGAAGCGGCGCAGCACGGAGCACUCGGGCGGCGGUGCCACGCCCGACCCCUUCCUCAUCGGCCUCGCCGCCGAGCGCGCCGCCUCGGGCCGCGAGCCGUCCUCGGGCGGCGGCGGCAUGCUGCCCUUUGGCCUGCCGCCCAUGUUCCCGGGCAGCGGCGGCACCGGUGUAUCGGGCGGCGGCGGCGCCUUCUCGGGCGGCGUGCCGCCGCGGCGGAGCUCCGGCGGCUCCGACCGCACAGCGUUGCUGCAUAUGGGCCGUAGCGGCUCGCUGCCCAUGUGCAUCCCGCCCAACGGCCGCCAGCGCUCCGACCCCGGCUACCUCAUCGAGGGCGGCCCGCUCAGCGGCGGCUACGACCAGGUGGCUUUCAUGGGCCUUCCGGGUUGGCCGCCGGGCGCCGGCGGCAGCAGCGGCGGCGGCGCGCCGCCCGGCAUGGGGCCGAUGGCCGGUCUGGGCCAGCUGGUGCACCACCCCGGGCACCCGCAGCAGCACCACGCCAUGGUGCCGCACGCGCACGUGCCGCCCGGCAUGCCGGCCAUGCAGCCGCCGCUGUCGGUAUCGCAGCGGUCGUCGGACAACGGGUCGGCGGGGCGCGCCGUCCACCUGCCCCGGAGGUUCGAUGACGCCAUCAUGACCAUGGAGUAUUCCAGGGCCCACCCCGGCCACCACUACGGCGCACCGGCAGCCCAGCGCGCCGCUUAUGCGCACGGAUACGAGGACGAGGAGGAUGACGGUGCGGACGGCGAUGGUGCGGGCGGCGGUGGCGGCGGCAAGGACCCCGAUGACAGCGAUGAGGACUAUGACGCCGCGGCGGAGUAUGGCUACAGGCGCGUGUACACCAGCUACCGAAGGCCAGACGCCGAGGGCGGGGAGGGCGGCGCAGGCCGCAAGCGCAAGGCGCCCACGGCGCGGGAUGACCCACCGCAACCGGAGAAGAAGCGCAAGGCGCGCGACCCGGCCACGAUCUCCAAGGUGGUCCUGAACUGCGUCAUCAUCCUGCGCAUGGUGGGCGGCGACGUGGUGUACGAGAAGGAGAUCCGCUCCACGCUCGGCAACAACCCCGACACCUCCAAGGCGCUGCGCCUGAUGGUGAACCAGGGCAAGCUAGUCCGCACGGGCCAGGGCGGUCGCGGCAACCCCUUCGCCUACCGCUGCACGCCGCUGGGCUUGGCAACGCUGGAUAAGAUCGAGGCCGCUGGCACGCCCGGCGCCGAGUCCCAUGCCAACCCCAACCCCCAGCAGCGCGCUGCAGCCGUGGCUGUUGAGCAGGCGGCGGAGCCGUUGGCGGUUGUGAGCUGAGGGCGCUGGGCGCGCGCAGCGUUUCUGUGAUGGUCGGGUUGAGUCGGCUGUAAUGAGCUGUGAUUCCAGCCAUGGUCCAGACUGCAGAGCAUCUUCUGUUGGCGAAGGCUUAUUGGGAGAGUCAGGGGUAUGGGAGUGACGUUCGGCGUUGCUAGAGAGAGGAUGGACACUCGGAGGAAGGGAAGUGUCGUACCAUAGCCAGCGCUAGGUCAACUAUCAAGUGCGGUCUGGUAACUUGUUUGUGUACUGCAAUCCGAGAGGGGCAGGGGGCCCGAAGGCUUCGGCCGCAGGGGCCAGUGCCCGGUGCACUCACUCAGGCCUUCCGCGAGAGGCGGUUGUAGAUUGGUGUUCUCGAUUGUGGCUCAAGGGCCAGGCCCUGGUAGGAGAUUGUGGGGGCGGCAUUUCGCCACCCGCUUGGCACUAGUUUGAUUCUGCUUAGAGGACCACGUAUCUGACACAAUUCUAGCUAAGUACGUGGAGCUUGAUUCUUGGUGUUAGCUGCGGCGGCGGCGGUGUUAGCUGCUGCCUUGGCUGCUGCGGAGCAACGCUUUAGGGCCGUUGGAAUUGAGGACAUAGGCACGGGUUGGUUGGCUGCGUGCACCUAGAACAUAAAUCAACGUGGCAUUACCACCAAUUCAGCCUCCAAUAAUAGCUUUCAGUUUGACGUGUCGUGUGCAUGUGCUGACUCGGUACGGGUGACAAACUUUGGAGUGACAAUUUUGCCGGUAUCUGCCCUGUACGCGCAGGCGCUCCAUCUGCGAUACUGCCCUGUAACGCAUGGCAAAU